GCGCUACAAGACGCGACAGAAGCGAUCCUGGAGGCAGCGGUCUCGGGUCCUCCUCGCACAGUUUCAGCGCAAGGGACGGGUUGAGGUUGGCGGCUUCGGCAGCCGCACCUGAACCCCCUUUGCGACUUGACACCAGAGGGUUUCUGUCGGACAGAUCUGAAACUCUUCAACCAUGUUUGUUCUUGGACUCCUGUUGCUUCUUGUUUUGCACAGCGAAGCCUUCAGCACCAGUUUUCCUGAUGAAACCAUUGCAGAAUUUUCUGUGAAUGUUUACAAUCAGCUGCGAGCUACAGGAGAAGAUGAAAAUAUUAUUUUCUCCCCACUGGGAAUAGCAAUAACGAUGGGGAUGGUGGAGCUCGGUGCUCACGGUUCUACCCUGAAAGAAAUUCAGCACUCCAUGGGCUAUGAAGGUUUGAAAAAUGGUGAAGAAUUUGCCUUCCUAAAAGAUCUUUCUGACAUGGCUGCUACUGAGGAUAGCCAUUACGUGAUGAAGCUUGCCAAUUCCCUUUAUGUGCAGAAUGGAUAUCACGUUAGUGAUAAAUUUGUGCAGCUGCUGAAAAAAUACUUUAAAGCUGAAGUUGAAGUUGUGGAUUUUAGUCAAAAUAUAGCUGUUGCGAGCUACAUCAAUAAAUGGGUGGAGAACCAUACCAACAAUAUGAUUAAAGAUUUUGUCUCGGCAAGGGAUUUCAGUGUUCUCACUCACUUGGCUAUUGUCGAUGCAAUCUACUUUAAGGGAAAUUGGAAGUCUCAGUUCAGACCAGAGAACACAAGAACCUUCUCCUUUACGAAGGAUGAUGAAAGUGAAGUACAAAUUCCCAUGAUGUAUCAGCAAGGCGAAUUUUAUUAUGGGGAAUUCAGUGAUGGAUCCAAUGAAGCAGGAGGCAUCUAUCAAGUCUUGGAAAUACCCUAUGAGGGAGAUGAGUUCAGCAUGAUGAUCGUUCUCUCCAGGCAGGAAGUACCACUAGCCACACUGGAGCCUUUGGUCAAAGCCCAGCUGAUCGAGGAAUGGGCAACCUCUGUGAAGAAACAAAAGGUUGAGGUGUAUCUGCCAAGGUUCACAAUAGAACAGGAAAUUGAUCUGAAGGAUGCUUUGAAAGGGGUUGGAAUUACAGAAGUAUUCAGCCAAAGUGCUGAUCUCACUGCAAUGUCUGACAACAAAGAGCUUUACCUGUCAAAAGCAGUUCACAAAUCUAUCCUUGAAGUUAAUGAAGAAGGUUCGGAAGCUGCUGCUGCUUCAGGAAUGAUUGCAAUUAGUAGAAUGGCUGUGCUGUACCCCCAAAUUAUAGUGGAUCAUCCUUUCUUCUUUGUGGUUCGGAACAGAAUAACAGGUACCAUCAUUUUCAUGGGGAGAGUAAUGCACCCAGAAGCAAUGAAUCCAAGUGUGCAUGAUUUUGAAGAACUUUAAUAUCUCCACAGGUUUACCCAUCUUCUCACAAAAGAAAACAAGCACACUGAGUUUGCAAUUGAUGUAUUUAAGGUUUUCCAUGUGGUGGUUUACUUUCUUUUCUUUUUUUAGUUCUCUCUCUUUUGCAAUGUUACCUUUGAGAUACUAUUUAAAAAGACAAACCGUUUCCAGGUCUAACUUCAGCUAUGAAAUUGCAGACCAUAGUUGUGGAAGGAAAGCUUUCAGUAUUAAAAUAUAUGUUGUUGUCUCCGUGAUUUAUUGUGUUGGUCCUUUAAAAUAAAAAUUUAAAAAUAUC